UUGAGCAGUGGAUCCCUUAUAAAACCACGCUAGCAAUAGUUUUCCCAGCACUGAUCACUUUCUCAUCACCAACAUGAAGCUGCUACUUGGUUUCGCUCUGUGCGUUGCUUUGCAAGCUGCCACUUUGACACGAGCCGGUCCAGGAGCUCGGAUUAUCGGAGGUAAUGACGCGAUAGUCGGCCAAUUUCCCUUUAUAGCAGCACUCAACAUUCAAACCGAAGACAGUACCUUCUUCUGUGGAGGAGCUUUGAUCAGUAACGAAUGGAUUUUGACGUCUGCCCAUUGCACCCAGGGCGCACACACCGUAACCAUUCGUUUGGGAUCUAACACGUUGAGCGGAAGCGACCCAAAUCGUGUCACUCUAGCCUCGUCACACGUCGUGGUACAUCCAGAUUUUGAUCCAGAAACAACUGCCAACGAUAUUGGUCUAAUUAAGCUUCGAUUGCCUGUGGAAUUUACAGAUUACAUCCAACCGAUCGGGUUGGCCAGUACUAAUUUACCCAAUUCUGCGAAUCCUACAGCACUUGGGUGGGGCCAGACUAGUGAUGAUGAUCCAGGAUUUUCUAAUCACCUUCAGUUCGUGGGCUUGGCUGUUGUAUCGAACAUAGAAUGUGCCCUUACUUUUGGUAACCAAAUUACAAAUAAUACUGUGUGUGUUGAUGGAAACUACAAUGAAGGUACAUGCUAUGGUGAUAGUGGUAGUCCUCUGGUUGUUCGUUUGAUAGGAGGUACACGAUUGCAACAUGUUGGUGUUUCGUCUUUCUUUAGUGGAAAUGGCUGUGAAAGUACCGAUCCUUCUGGGUACACAAGGACGUGGCCUUAUGUUAACUGGAUCAAAAAUCAAACAGGAAUACCAUAUAUCUUCACCAACAUGAAGCUGCUACUUGGUUUAGUUCUUUGCGUUGCUUUGGUCUGUGCUAGGCAAGCUCCCGCUUUGACACGAGCCGGCCCAGGAGUUCGAAUUAUAGGAGGCAACGACGCAGUAGUGGGCCAAUUUCCCUUUAUAGCAGCACUCAACAUUCAAACCGAAGACAGUACCUUUUUCUGCGGAGGAGCUUUGAUCAGUAACGAAUGGGUUUUGACGUCUGCUCAUUGCACCCAAGGAGCACACACCGUCACUAUUCGUCUGGGAUCUAACAAGUUAACUGGAAGCGACCCAAAUCGUGUUAUUCUAGCUUCGUCUCACGUCGUGGUACAUCCAGAUUUCGAUCCAGACACAAGCGCCAAUGAUGUUGGUCUUAUUAGGCUUCGAUUGCCUGUGGAGUUUACAGACUAUAUCCAACCGAUUAGGCUGGCUGGUAGUCAUUUACCGAACUCUGCGAGUCCUACAGCUCUUGGGUGGGGCCAGACUAGUGAUGAGGAUCCAGAAUUUGCAAAUGAUCUUCAGUUUGUAGCUCUGGCAGUUGUGUCUAACGAAGAAUGUGCUGUUACUUAUGGUAACCAGAUUACAAAUAAUACUCUAUGUGUUGAUGGAAACUACAAUGAAGGUACAUGCUAUGGCGACAGUGGUAGUCCUCUGGUUGUUCGUAUGGUAGGGGGUUCAGCUUUGCAGCAUGUUGGUAUUUCGUCGUUCUUUAGUGGAAACGGCUGUGAAAGUACCGAUCCUUCUGGUUAUACAAGGACGUGGCCUUAUGUUGACUGGAUCAGAAAUGAGACAGGAAUGUAAUUAUAACUGAAUAAGAUGUUACAUUAAAUUAUUUGUUGAAAAUCUGACAAUAAAAUUACUUUUUUAUUAUUA